CUCACGCUUCUAGCGAUGCAGGACAGCUAUGUCCUGCUCCACUUUAAUGUCACCUGCGGCUUCACACGGAGAACUUCGUUCUCCAGCGCUCACCGCCGCGCCGGAGGCGGGAGCCGUCGUCGGGCCCUAUCGGGGGAAACUACAGCUCCCGGCGUGCCCCGCGGCGCAAGCCAGGCCGGCGGGGGCCGGGAGCGGCGCUGGCCGAGGUUGGCUGUUCGGGCGCCGGCGCCAGCCCGCCCCUCAGCUGCCCCAGCGGGCGCUGCCAUGGGGACCUCCAUUGGCGGCCGGCAGAGCGGCACUGUGGGCUUCAGGUCACCGAUCCCAUCUCCAAGGUCCUGCCCGCCUAGUGGAGCCAGUGAAGAAGCCCUGCGAUGUGAAAUUGAAGAGCUGAAACGGAAAGACCUUGCUCUAGACCAGGAAAUUGCAGAGUUACUGUCUGAAGGCUACACCCUGGAAGAACUGGAGCAGCACAUCUCUCUGCUCCAUGAGUAUAACGAUAUUAAAGAUGCUGGGCAGAUGCUGCUGGGCAAGCUGGCUGUUAUCCGAGGGGUUACUACAAAAGAGCUCUACCCUGAAUAUGACCUGGAGCUCAGUGACUAGCAUUGAGCCUGAAGACUGACACGUCCUGGGCCAUUAUGUUUCUGUGUCUUACCAGUUUACAACUGGAACGAGGUGGCCUUGAAAUUAUGUAUGCAGAAUUGCAACAAAGGAAGGGUUAACAGUCUCAUUUCUAAGAAGUUUUGGAACAUGACAGUUGUUCAGUCUGUCAGCUGGUCCUGCAUGUGAGAAAGGGAUGUAGAACUUUGGAUAAUUUUGCCUCCUGUUUGAUCAACAGUAUUUACUUUCUUUAUUGGAAAGGAUAUAAUUCAGGUUGAUGUUAAGACUCUUCUCGUGGAUCGUUGCUUCUUUACAACAUCAUGGGCUGUUUGGAUACUGAAUGGCUAGAGCAAAUGAGGGCAUUUUUUUUUCUAUUCUGUGUCCAAGUCUGAGUAAGUCUGGGUGUUCUGCAUUUUUAUACUUAACUGCUUUGGUAUCUAGAGGUUUUGUAUCUUUUCUGUAGUAAAUGGCAAAAUGUGGUGUUAAGUGUCCAGUCUGAAUAAAAUUCCUGCAUUUCUCAGGAAUUCACUUUCAGAGCCUAUAAAGCAUUGCAGGAACCUGGGAAUAAAUUCUUAAACCAUUUUCUGAGACAA